GAACAGCUGAAGUAUUUCUUGACCAUUACUUGUCCUAUCCUUUUGCAUAGUACUUACGAAGUGGAUACCAACCAUCAUCAGUCAGUGUUUCGUUUUCAUUAUUCUCGAAAGAAAGCUAAGUGCAGAAACAACUGUUCAGAAAAAUCUCAAAUUCCCCCCGCAUCGCCAGUGAAAGGACACUUUUUCGUUUCACAUCUGCUCGCUAACGGUACACCAGUCACACGGAUCGAUGAUUCCACCCAAUCAUCUGGAGGUGGGCGUCCGAAUCCGCAUCGGACAACAUUACGGAACCAUCCGCUACAUUGGAGAGGUGGCCAACACCGAGGGCGAAUGGGUUGGCGUCGAAUGGGACGAUCCCCAGCGAGGAAAACAUUCCGGAAUUGUGAACGGAGUGGAAUACUUCCAAACAAGCGCCGAAAAUUCAGGGUCAAUGAUUCGUCCGGAGAAGAUCCCCUCGUUUUGGACCCUGCUGGAGGCCAUCCAUGACAAGUACAUUGUGACCGAGGACACACUCCGUCUGGACGCGGAAAUGAUGAUGGAAGUGCAGAAGCAGCUUCAUGCGUCACUGUUUGAGGUGGUCGGAAUGGAGAAAAUCGGUGGCAAACAGAGCAACUUGAGCCACCUGGUGGACGUUUCGGUGGCUUACUCUCCGGUGAAUUCCGCCGGAGAUUUGUCCAGCUUCAAACGUCUACGCUCGUUGGAUGUUUCCGCGACGUUGAUUUGGAACUGGAAAAUCGUCGGCCAAAUAACGGCACAGAUUCCGACCCUGGAGGAACUCAAUCUGUCCAACAAUCGUUUGGUACGGCCAACAGAGGAGGAGAUUUCUUCACUCGUAACAAAAUUCCACAAUCUGAAGAAGCUGAUAUUGAAAAAGUGUGCCCUCGGCUCGUGGCCGGAGCUCGUUCGGCUGGCCCGAAUGUGGCCGCUGCUCGAGAGCCUGUCCCUGGAAGAUAACGACCUAUGCCUGGUAACGGAGGAAAGCUACGAGUUUGCGCUGACACAGUUGAGCAGUUUGGAUCUUCAGAAUAAUCACAUAAGCGGACGGGAAUCGAUUCAUGCAUUGGGACGUCUUCCAGCGCUGCAAGAAUUGUCUCUGAAUGCGAAUGGAAUCGAGGAAAUCGUAUUUCCGGAUUGUCGACACACGGAAAAGACCGAGCUAUUUCCAAAGCUUCAAGUACUUUACCUGAGGGAAAAUCCCAUCGUGAACCAGUGUGCUGCAUUUAACGAGCUGGACAAAUUGGCCUCCCUGGAGCAUUUGACCAUCGAUCCGGAUCCGCGGGUGAGUUACGAGGAAACGGUGGCCCGGGUCGUUGGUUCCAUCGGCGGGUUGAAAAUGUUCAAUCGGUCGGCUAUCACUGAGAAACUGAGACGCGACUCGGAGUGCGACAUGUGGAAAAUGUACGCGGUCCAGUGGGCCCAGGUCAGGACUGAUGCCCAGCAGCUGAAGGCGUUCUUCAAGGCGCACCGGAUGUAUCCGCGCGUGAUGGAACGACUUGGCAGUCCGGAACAAUUCCUCCCGGACAACCGCACCGUUUCCAACAUGCUGAACCUACACCUGCUGAACGAACGGACCGGCGAGACGCGCCAAAAGAAAGUCCCCAAAAGGAUCAAUCUGCAAACGCUGGAGAAUCUCAUCAUGAAACUGUUCGGCCCAUCGGAGCACCCGAAUCCGCUGCAGCUUUCCCUGCUCGAUCGCAAACGGGACGUACGCAUUCCGCUGGACAACCACGGUAAGAGUUUGGAUUUCUACUCGGUUGAAGAUCAGGAUACGAUCGUUUUCUAGAAAUAGCUUGGCUUAUUGGAGUGUUGAUGAAAUUUACAGUGCAAGCAACAAAAGCCGUACAAUUUUCUGCUUUCUCUCACCCGUUGCCUGAUUCCAAUAAAUUAGCAAAAGAUGUCUGGUAUUUAUUAGUAAUUUAUUUGCACUGACAAGCACGUAACUAUUACAUUCAAAUUUGUUUUACGUUUGACUAAUAUGAAGAGAGACACAUAACUGACCAACAGAUAUCUAAAUUUGUUAUAAAAAUCUUUGAAAACAGGUUUUUCAA